CGUGUGCAAAACGCGUCAAUCACCGGCGAUGUGUUGCGAACAGAAAGGCACGAGGGGUUUAACUUUAUUUAAACCUUCUGGUUGUUUUUUCGCCUUUCUGCUGUGUUGCUCGGUGCGAUGUGACGAUGAUUUUGCCGCCUCCACCGGAAUGAGAAGCACUAAAAGUGAAAAGGAGGACCAGCGGGGCCGCUGGCGCGCAGUUAAACCAGUUCUUCUGGACUCUAAUCAGCAGAAAUCUCUCCAGGAACCUCUGCCUGAAUCGACGGCCGCUCCCGGGGGUCGGCUCCCAGACCUCAGCCUUCCAAAACUUACCGCAACUUUCUCCUGGACCAUAGGAAACGUUAGUAAACAACCCCGGUCCUUGGCUCCGGACAGAGAAGAUGGAUAUCAGCGAGAUUUUACAGGUUUCCAUGCAGUCAAGCGGAAGGUUUUGGACCCGCCAUCAGAUUCCAGUCCACAUUUCAGUGAAUGGGAGGCCAUGAAGCCUUUCAUAGAGUGUAAUGAGGACGACAUGACCUUCACCGCCUCAGGUGGAGGAUUCACAGAGCUGCUUGUGGAUAGAGAGGGAGCUUCUCCCAUCUCCGUCUUCCAGCUGCCCUCAUACUGUGGCUACUCGCUCAAGUCAUCAUGGAAUGACCUUGAGAUGAUGGUGCCUUAUGAUGCGUGCUACAUUAUCCAGGAGAAUGGCAGUUACACUCUGCCCCUGCUGUGGUGGGGCAGCCCGCUGAAGCUCUCCUGCCCGAUGCCGUUAUCGACCCUGACGCCCCCGCUCCCGCUCUCUCUGCCAGUAGUCUUCUGCUCGCCCUUUGGCAUGGCAGUGCAGAUAUUUGGACAGGAGAGUGACCUACCUGGGCUGAGAGUCUUGGUGAAUGAAGCUUGGGGUCCGUUUGUAUCCGAGCAGUGUGCGUACCGCGUCAACAUCCAGGCUCCUGUGCUCACCUUCUUCAUCCCCUACAGUGCUCCUUGUUUUACUCAGGGGGAUGAUCUGCAGCUCCACCUUUUAUUAGUCGAGCAAGAAGUUGUUCUCUCCUGCCCCAUCAGUCCUUUGUUUACCAACACUCCGACCACACCUUGGUUUCCUUCCCUGUUUCCUGUUCUGCCCCAAGUUCCAAACAUCCCAGAUCCUGUUAACCUUGCACCCUCUUUUACUCCUCCUCCCCCUUCUCCUCCUCAGCCUCCAACCGAGGAGCAGAUUGCACAUCAUCCCCGCUUCCCCCACUUUGAGCUCAAGUACCCCGAGCAGCCUGCGGCGUUUUCUCCUCGUUCUCAACGCCCCCCUCCCCACCAGCCAGUUGCUGACGGCGCCCCUGAUCCCCAGGAACCACAGCUUCUAUACCCCGCAGAACCUGCGGAGUUCCCGUACUCUUUAGAGGAGCACAAACUUUACCCUUCUUAUUUCGAAUCACCUGCUCUAGUACAAGCAACAUCUGCUCCAGAUUUGGGUCCAAAGCAGGAUAAUUUGCCACAAUUCCCUGAACUACCUGUUGACCAAUCUCACUUGCCAUUUGGUUUGCCUUAUAAGCCAUUUUUCUACCCCACAGGGACACCGGCUCCAGGUUCCGAAACUCAGAAACCCACUAAUACUGAUCCCUCUCUCACUGAGCUAUCCAAACUCCCACCAAGUCUUUUUUACCCCACCUACUAUGUUCAGCCACCCUUCUACCCCACACCCACUGCACCACAUGCUCCACUCCCUCCCAUCUUCCCGUCUCCUCCCCCUCCGGCACCAAAAGCGGAAGUGGAUCGACUGUUUGGCAGUUCAUUUUACGCGACUGCUUCUUACUACCCGUAUUGGUCAGGCUCUUACCACGAGCCACUGAAGUCGCCUCCUGUUACCUCUCCAGACGCCGACGAGCCCAGUUAUCCCUUCGGCCAAAUUCCUCUCCCGAAGUCUCCCCACGCUCAAGCUCCCACAUCCCCGCCUCAUGCUAAAGAGGACCCUAAAAAACCACCAGCUUCACAAGUCACCUGCCCCCCCUACACUCAGACCAUUUGUGUCCAUUUCUCUUAUCUCGGUCAUACUUACAGUGGGUACCCACCGCAUUACCUACAGUAUCCAAACAUUUAUCAAAGCGCUCCAAUAGUAAUGCCCACUGUGAGUUCCAUCAAUCAGUUCACCGCAAGGUUCACCACCCCAGCCUGGCCCACUCCUUAUUUUCACAACAUCCAGUGCGUGGCGGGCAGGAUGGCGGCCUUCCUGCCCUUCGCUCACCCAGACUCCAUCCAGGUCAGAGACCACAGGAAGAUGUGGGUGCCUCUGUCCACUGUCUCCCCGCUCUGUGGUUACAUGCUACAAUUAGCUGAAGGCUUUGGGGUGAUCCUUCAUUCUCCUCUGCCUGCCUGUCACAGCGAGGUACAGACUCCCACCACCAUUUCCUUACCGAUAAGGCUUUGGGACUCGUCCGCUCUGCAGUACAGGACUGUGGACCUGAAGUGUCUCUAUCAGAGCACUCCAGGCCCUGGGCCUGUGACUCCUCCGGAUUUCAUCAAACCUCAUCAAAGCCCAACCAUCAGCAGGCCUGUUGUCCCAAAGACCCAAAUCCAGUGCUCCCCCCAUGAGAUGGUGGUUGAACUCCCCUCUGGCUCAGUUUCACAAAUAGUAGUCAAAGACAUCAAGGGGAACCAAAUGAAGCUUCAAGAAGCCCCAAAGCACUGUGGGUAUUUUGCAAGCCAGACCAGUGAUGGCAAAGUCAGGCUGAGUCUUCAGUUACACUCUCGGUGUCAUAUGAGUGUCCAGGGUCAAAUGUACAUCAUCAAUAUCAUCUACAUGACGGCGGUUGGGCUGAAAGAGUCUAAGUUUUCUUGUCCAGUCGUCAUCCCGGGCUCUGGCCAAGAGUGCAACCUUCCCGGCGAACAGCGUCUCCCCUGCGGAUCCAGCUCUGUAUCCCAGCCACAGUGCGUCUCCAUGGGCUGCUGCUUCAACAAGCACCCCCCCGCCUGCUACUACCCCAUGGAUGAGUGCACUAUUGACCGCCACUUUGUCUUCUUGGUGCCCGCCUCCCUCACGGAGCCCCCCCUUUCCCCCGCCCUGCUGGUUGUUGCCGGCAACUCCACCUGUAAACCUGUGAAAGUCACUUCUGAAUACGCCCUGUUCAAGAUCCCCAUGGAUGGCUGUGGCUCACGCAAAGUGGUUGUUGGGAAAACGGUAGUCUACAUGCUGGAGGUCGUCAACAAGGUUCAGACCAUCGCUCUCAACUAUGGCACCAUCACAAGGGAUUCCCCUGUCAGGUUGCUGGUGGAGUGCAGGUUUUUACCGGGAGCACUUCUCUCUGUGAGCUAUGUGGUUAAAUCACCCAGUCUCGGUGCUCAGAUUCACACCCAGGGGGUGUUUGGAGUCCAGCUCAGGAUUGCCAAAGAUGCCCACUACAGCAGCUACUACCCACAGUAUCACCAGCCUCUGCAGAUGUUGCUGGGGAAACCUCUCCAUCUCGAAGUGCGGCUCCUCAACUCCCCAGAUCCCAGUCUGGUGCUGCUGGUGCACUUCUGUGUGGCCUACCCCCGCUCUGGGAAGGCUGUGUGGGUGCUGCUUUACAACGGAUGUCCGAAUCCCUUGGACCCAUCCGCACAGCAGACUGUGCUGUCUGAUGUUCAGCCAUCGUAUCCCCAGAGUCAGGUCCGCCGCUUCACCAUCAGCACCUUCCAGUUUCUUCCCGACGGCGAGUUCAAGGACUCAAAUGAAGAGAUCUACUUCAUGUGCUCAACGGAAAUCUGCUCGCCCCGUGACGGGCCGUGUGUGGAGGGAUGCUUCGGCCGAUGACGGUGGGGAAAAAUUAGCUUUGUGCAAUCGCUUUAACCACUGAACCCUCUCGAACUGUUGGAUUACAGAGAAACACCCAUGAGCGAGUUUCAUUACCUCGCAGUUCUUCAGUGAAAACAGCCCCAGAGUCACUGGAGCCGCAGUUCAUACGACAGCAGGGCAAUGUUUUAGUAAUGAGGAGAGCUUUGAAUUAUUUAUUAAGGCUGAUCUAUUUCCU